AGCCGGUAGAGAAAAAGAUAUGAACUGGGAGGAUUUUUUUGGAGUUUUCCAUCAAUUUCUUAUCAAAAGCCUAACUAAAGGGGCACAUUUAAAAUGUCAUAUUGUUUAGGGUGUAAAAUCAAAAUAGUUUUAGUUCAGGAGGAUUUGUUUUUUUUUUUUUUUUUUUUUUUUUCAAUUUUGCCUUUAUUCAAAAACCCUCGACCACCCUGUUCAGCUCGGCAAACCCUGAGGCCUAAGAGAAAGCAAUGGAGGAGCGCCUGAAACACUUGACAUUAGUUGGAGCUGGAGCUCUUUUGGGUUCUGUUUCUACUCUAUUCCUUCUCAAGCUUCUUCCAAGAAGUAUUAUAAAGGAAUGCAGUAAAAGCGUUGGUGAAUUGAAUGCUGGCAAAGGAAUUGUUUCGGAGAUGUCGGUCGGAAUUGGGGUUGAUGUAGAUAGUACUUCUGGGAUGCCUGAUUCAGACCUUUUAGCAGAUGAAAUAGUAUCUGAACAAUUGACUAGGAACAUUCAAUUCUUUGGCUUUGAGGCUCAACAGAAGGUGACUACAUCCUAUGUUGUUGUCAUUGGUCUUGGAGGUGUUGGGAGUCAUGCUGCUUCAAUGCUCUUGAGGUCUGGAGUUGGCAGGCUCCUCCUUGUGGACUUUGACCAGGUUUCUGUUUCAUCCUUAAAUCGCCAUGCUGUUGCAACUCGAGCAGAUGUUGGUAUUCCAAAAGCCGAGUGCCUCAAGAAGCAUUUCUCAACAAUCUUCCCAGAGUGCCACAUAGAAGCAAAAGUACUGCUGUAUGAUGCAUCAACUGAAGAAAAAAUUCUCUCUGGCCAUCCCGACUUUGUUUUGGACUGCAUUGAUAAUAUUGAUACAAAGGUGGCACUUCUUGCUGCAUGUGUGCGUAGGGGUUUAAAGGUUCUGUCUGCAACUGGAGCAGGUGCUAGAGCUGAUCCAACAAGAAUACGAGUGGCUGAUUUAAGAGAGUCAACAAAUGACCCUUUAUCCCGAGCUGUGAGGUAUCGUUUGAGGAAAGAUCAUGGCAUUGAGGGUGGCAUCCCUGUUGUGUUCUCUCUAGAAAAGCCUAAAGCCAAGCUGCUUCCAUUUAAGGGACCAAGUGGAGAAGAAGAAAAUCCUUCUGACUAUCAGGUAGUACCUGGGUUUAGGGUUCGCAUAAUACCUGUUCUUGGUACCAUCCCUGCUAUAUUUGGACAGGUCAUGGCCUCCUAUGUUGUGACACAGCUCACGGGAUUGAAUGUUCAACCUGAACCUAUAGUAAAUUUAGAUUUGGAUCAUUAUCGGGUGCUUCAUCAGCGUCUUAUUGAGCAUGAGGAGUCAUUGUUUGGAACUGCUAUGCAGGUCCAGGUGGAUGUUGAGGAAGUGAUGUAUGUUGCCAAAGAACUGUGGCAUGGACGAAGUGCUAGAGAUCAGUUUGCAAAGGAUGUUGGGCGUGGAAUGUGGCGAUCUGUAAAUGAGUUAAUGCUUGUGAGGUGGGACAAGGAGAAGCCAGCAUCUGUCUCAAACUUGAUUCUCUUAAAAUUUAAAGAGGCAGAUGAACAUGAGUUGAGGACGCCAGAAGAAAUCAAGGAGUUGGAACCUGAAUUUUAUGAGAGGGUGGAAUCUGUAUUGAAACGAGCUAGAUUGGACUUUGGCUUGUGAGUUAUUUUGCACUUGUGCGUUCAAAGUUUGGUGUACUGGGGCUCAGCUUCUCUUCCACAUCCCUGUGCAAUCUUUUCAUAGAGAAAAGAAGUACUCUUUGAUCUUGUUUUUGGGUCCAUGCUCUAUAUGAUGAGAUGCCAUAUAGUGCUUUCAUUUUUGUUUUUGGGAGGAAAGUUCAACUCGAUGCCCAAAUCUGUUGAUGCGACAUGCUAGGGAAAUAGUCUAGUCUUAUCACCCUUUCAGUCACACUAGACAAUUUUGAACAUCCGCUUAUUGUCUCUCGCCUCUCAUAUCUCGUCACAGUGUCACAUUACUACAUUAUUGCAAGGUUUAGUUAUACAAGCGCCCGAAGCUUGUCCACAAGCUAGGGUUAUUUUUAGAUGUAGUUAUAUUAUAUGAUAUGAUAUAAUGCUAUAAGAAUUAGUUGGGACUGAAUUGUGUUGAUUGCAUUAUAUGACAUGGAUAUAUAUACAUUUUGUGUUU